AUGCUGAAUACCUGCACCAAUACCACCUUCACCAACAAUACCAUGUGGGCCGUCCAAAACCCAAUCAGACAAGCUGAAAGAGAUGAAACAGAUCCUCCCUCUCCCAAUCCCAAGUGGCUAUCAGUCGCUGGAGAUGGGCAGCAAACUCGUGCAGCGGCAGAGAUGGAACAGAUUACGUCUCUGUGGAACAGAACCGACUUUUGGCUGGCCUGGGCAUCCAUGUUUCUCGUCUCAAUUGCGCUGGCACUAGAGAAGAUGACGUUCAAGGUCUACUCGACUUUUGCCACCUCCGAUUUCAAUGAAAUGUCUCUGCUCUCUGCCCUCAAUGUUGUGCAAGCUGUCAUGUACACUGCUACAAUGACGAUCAUGGCCAAGUUUGCUGAUGUUUUAGGCCGCUUCGAAUCUUUUCUUCUCUGUGUCAUAUUGUUUACCAUGGGAGAAAUAAUGCUCGCAGCGUCAUCAAACAUUAGCACAUACUUUGCUGCUCACAUUUUCUACGUCUUUGGACAGGUGGGAAUCCGGUUUCUUCAGCAGGUUUUUGCAGCGGACACUUCUUCGCUUCGAAACCGACUUUUCUUCGUGGUCAUACCCAACUUUGCGUACAUUUUUGUACCCUGGUGCUCGGCCCCCAUCACCAACGCCAUCAUCAAACAUUCCACUUGGAAAUGGGGCUAUGGGAUGUGGUGCAUCAUUUUGCCGGUAGUUUCUGUGCCGGUUCUUGUGAUUCUCUUUAGACUCAAAAGAAGAGUCAAAGUCGUCAAUGGAAAGAAGUAUGACAAGGAAAAGUACAAAGGUUCCAGGUGGAAUUUCAUCAAAGAGCGUCUUCUGGAGUUUGAUAUGAUUGGACUGGUUCUGUUCACUGGUGGUCUCAGCUUGCUGUUUCUUGCAGUGACCCUGGUCAAAUCACAAGACUCCUGGAAACAAGCCCAUGUUCUCUCGAUGAUCAUCAUCGGUCCAAUUUUGCUUAUUCUUUUCCCUUUCUGGGAAAUGUACCCAAAAUACCCCUUCCUGCCCUUCUCCGCAAUGAAAAACAAAACCCUCAUCACAGGCUGCUCUUUUUGUCUAGUCUACUCUAUCGCCCAGAACCUCUACAACCCCUACUACUUUCCUUGGCUACUGGUAUGUAAGGGACUAUCCGUUACUGCAGCAUCAAACACAUCUGCAACGCUAAUGGUGGCCUCAGUGGCUUCUUCUGUAGUGGCUGCGUUCAUUCUCCGCUACACAAACCGAGUCAAACCAGUCAUUGUUGCCGGUAUCUGUAUCUACAUGCUAGGACUAGGUCUCACUUAUCACUACAGACAACCGGAUCAAUCAUUGGCUAAGUUCAUUGUUACUCAGGCAGUCGAAGGAGUGGGGCAGGGGUUUCUCCAAUCACCUUCUCUCGUUAUUAUUCAAGCUUCUGUCCCCAAAAACCAUGUGGUUUCAGCUACCGCCAUCUUCUAUGCGGCCAACUCCAUUGGCCAGGUGAUUGGAGACGCCAUUUCGGGCUCCAUGUACCGACAGACGUACCCCAAGAAGCUGGCGGACUAUGCUCCCUUUUUAAAUGCCACUGAAAUUGACCAGAUGGUAAACAAUGUGGCUGCCCCUCUACGUUACAAAUGGGGAACAUCUGAAAGAACUGCAGUGAUAGAAGCCUUCAACCACAUUUACAGAAAAAUGCUCUAUGGACCGAUGAUUGUGGCCGCUGUGUGUAUCCUGAUUGCUCUUGCGCUGCCUAACAUUGAUUUGAGCGAGUCUGAAGACGGUUCCGAAUGCACUAUUGACGAUGAUAAGUCGGUGAUUGUUCACAAGUCGUCUUCAAAAACUGCUUCAGCAGUUAUUGAGAAGCAGUUGUAA